AGGGGAGUGGGGGCUUGGGAGGGGGCGUUUUACUUGUUUGUUUUGAUUUUGAGUUUUAUCGAUUGUGUCGAUUGUGUCGAUUGUGUGUUUUUUUGGCUUUUGUUUUGGCUUUUGCUCCCAUGCGUGUGUGGCAAGCGCGUUACUAUUUUGCUUUAUUUGUUUGUUGUUUGUUUGUUUUUCAGCAUUGCGCUUUGGUUUUUUGUUGUUGUUUUGAUCUGCGCACGUUCCCCAGGCGAGUGGAGUCGGGCGGGGAGUGGGGGGACAUUGUACUGGUAUGUAACAAGGGUGGGUCGAGGAAGGAGUUGAGGAAGGAGGGGCUCGAUCAAUUGUGGGUGGGUCGCUCAACUCUCAAGUGCGGAUGGAACAGUGGAAUUUGGAAGGGAAUACGUUACCGUACGGUGUGAUGGUGAAUCUGAAUCCAAAACACAAACGCAGUGCACACAUGCAGAGUCAAUGCAGGCCGGAUGUACGAUGGGGUGCGCGUGACUGAGGCCGGGACUGGGACGCAGCCUGCUCGCUUAGUUUUGGGUGAACUGCUGCGAGCUGAAAGACUGAAACUGGAGGACUGGAGGGCUGGAGGACAGGUCUGGGGU